UGUCACAAAUGCAGUAAAAGGGGGCACAUUCAAAGAGCAUGCAAAGCAAAAUUCAGUCACAACAGGAAAACUGAGAAAAUUAAAGGGUCUGUGAAUGCACUAGCAGAGAACAGUGGCAGUGAUUCAGAUGAACGAUUAAUUGGUACAAUGGAGUUAAACACAGUGACUUCUCCCAGCAGUAGCAUAAUAUGGGUGACACCAGAUAUCGAAGGCAAACCCCUCAAAAUGGAGCUGGACACAGGAUCUGCAGUGUCUAUAAUUUCCACUACUGUCUACAAUGAGCACUUUAAGGCUAUCAAGCUGAAGAACACAAAUGUGUUGCUGAAGACAUACUCAGGAGAGAGAUUGAGCCCAAUGGGGGCGUUGCAGGUCAGAGUGCAUUAUGGGGGGCAAACACAGCAGUUACAGCUGUAUGUGGUGCCUGGAACUGGCCCCCCAUUAUUUGGCAGGGAAUGGCUUUCAAAAAUAAAGCUGAAUUGGUGUGACUUGAAAAUGCUCCACACUUUCCAGUCCAAAGAGAAAGGCACAGACCAAACACUGGAACACUUGCGGAAGAAAUACAACACAGUUUUCAGUGAUCAGAUGGGAACAGUAAAAGGCUUCACAGCAAAACUUGUACUAAGAGAUGACGCAACCCCAAAAUUCUGCAAAGCCAGAUCUGUUCCAUACUCCCUGAGACCAAAGGUGGAAGCGGAAAUCGAUCGCUUGCAGGAUACAGGGAUCCUGACGAAAGUGGACAGAAGCGAAUGGGCCACACCCAUAGUUCCUAUUGUGAAGAAAGACGGGUCUGUUAGAAUGUGUGGGGACUUCAAGGUAACUGUGAAUCCAAUGUUGCAUGUGGACCAAUACCCCCUACCACGUCUGGAUGACAUCUUUGCUGCACUAGCUGGUGGGAAACACUUCAGUAAAAUCGAUCUGAAACAGGCUUACCUGCAGCUACCGGUUGAAGAGAGUUCCAAACAGUACCUGACAAUAAACACACACAAAGGUCUAUACAGGUAUAACCGCCUGGUUUUUGGCAUUGCAUCAGCCCCAGCCAUUUGGCAACGAACUAUUGACCAGAUUUUGCAAGGAAUCCCAGGAACCCAGUGUAUCCUGGAUGACAUGAUCAUAACAGGACGCACCGACAAAGAGCACCUGGCUAACCUGGAAGAGGUCCUGAAAAGACUGAAAGAGUAUGGUCUACAGGCAAACUUAAAGAAGUGUGAGUUCUUCAAAGACAAGAUUGUCUUCUGUGGACAUGAGAUUGACUGCAAUGGAUUGCACAAAACACAGGACAAAAUCGAGGCAGUGGUACAGGCACCACGACCACAAAAUAUCACAGAAGUGAGAUCUUUCACGGGACUGAUCAAUUACUACAGAAGAUUCCUCCCAAACCUUUCAGCAGUACUCCAGCCUCUAAAUCAGCUCCUGGAAAAGAAUAGGACAUGGCGGUGGACAGAGCAGUGUGAAAAUGCAUUUCUGGAGGCAAAACGGCUCAUAACAUCUGAACAGGUCCUGAUGCAUUACGACCCUGAAAUGCCAGUGAAGUUGGCUUGUGAUGCGUCCCCUUAUGGCUUAGGUGCCGUCCUUUCACACACACUGAAAGAUGGGUCAGAGAGGCCAGUUGCAUUCGCGUCACGAACAUUGAAUGAUGCAGAGAAAAACUACUCACAAAUCGACAAAGAAGCACUGGCACUAGUGUGGGGCGUCAAGAAAUUCCACGCAUACCUAUAUGGCAAGCGUUUCACACUGGUUACAGAUCACCAGCCGUUGCUUUCCAUUUUCAGUCCAAAGAAAGGCAUUCCGGCAAUGACAGCAGCCAGGUUACAGCGAUAUGCCCUGUUCCUUGCCAGUCAUAUGUAUGACAUUGAGUUUAAGCCGUCAUCCCUCCACACAAAUGCAGAUGGAUGGCCAGCUACUGGCAGAAAGGAGCUGACUCCGUAUUUCCAGCGGAGAAACGAAAUUACAACGUACCAAGGAUGUUCGAUGUGGGGAAUGAGAGUCAUGAUACCCCAGAAAUGCCAACAUCUAGUUUUGCAGCAAUUACAUGAAGGUCAUGUUGGAAUUGUCAAAAUGAAGCUGCUCGCAAGGAGCCACUUCUGGUGGCCAGGUCUGGAUCAACAGAUAGAAAACAUGGCGAAGAACUGUAGCGGAUGUUUGGAAACCCUUCACAUGCCUGCUCCUGUCCCAGUCCACCCAUGGGAAUGGCCCGCAGAGCCAUGGCAGAGAAUUCAUGUGGACUACGCUGGUCCCUUUGAAAAGCACAUGUUUCUGGUUAUAGUGGAUGCCCAUUCCAAAUGGCCAGAGGUGUUUUGCACUGACUCCUCCACCUCAGCUCAGACGAUAGAGUGUCUCAGAACAACGUUUGCAUGCUUCGGUUUGCCACUGCAGCUGGUAAGUGACAACGCGCAAGCUUUUGUAAGUGACGAGUUUACAAGAUUCAUGUCAGUAAAUGGAAUCAAACACUCAACCUCAGCUCCGUACCACCCUGCCACCAAUGGGCUGGCAGAACGCUUUGUGCAAACCCUAAAGCAAGGACUCCGUGCAGCAAAACGAGACGAAGGGACUUUGCAAACAAAACUGGCCAAGUUCCUGGCCUCCUACCGAAACACCCCACAUACCACGACAAAUGAAAGCCCAGCCGCACUGAUGUUCGGGAGGCCUCUCCGCACACAGCUGGACAUCAUGAAGCCAAACAGGCGUAAUGAAGUGCUGAACAAACAAGCCAAGAUGCUCUCCGGUGGCCGGGAGCGCCAUCUCCAAACAGGACAGGAAGUGAUGGUGUGAGACUACA